GAAUUUGCAGACCAGCUAGCCGUACCAUUCCUCGAGACUAGCGCAAAAAACGCUACAAAUGUCGAACAAGCUUUCAUGACGAUGGCAGCAGAAAUAAAGAACAGAAUGGGCCCGCCUGCAGCGUCGGUAACAGGUCAGAACAGUAACGUGAAAAUAACAAGUACGCCAGUGAAACAGGGCGGUG